AUGAUCGCCAAGAGCCUCCGCGACGCGGCGACGCACACGAGCGCAGUGCGGCAGCUCGUGCUGCGCAAGUCGGAAGACCUUCUGUGCAUGAACCUCAUGUGCGAGCGCGUCGGCGAGGCCUGCGUCUGCAAGCUCAGCGUCGUGCUCGAGCGCCUACCGCAGCUGGAGCACUUGGACGUGAGCCGCAACAACUUGAAGUCGCUGCCGCCUGCGAUCUUUUCACUGCGCCAUCUCACGUCGCUCAACGUGAGCGGCAACAAGCUCUCGUCGCUGCCCGACGGUCUCUUGAGCAACCUCGCGUCGUUGGAAGCGUUGUACGUCGAGGACAACCCGGACUUGACCGCUUUGCCAGCCGACGCGGUGCUGCCCGCGCUCACUCAUGUCUACGCACGGGGCACGUCGCCAACGUUUACGCUGCCACCAUCGCUGGCGCACGCCGUCCUGAUGCGAGACAAAAAGUAA